UGUGGACUUGACAACCAAUCUGGCAACCUUAGUAAAAUUCCAUUUGCAAGCUAAAUAAAAAUUACAUUGAAAAUACAUCAGAUUGCAAUAGGCCAGGCGAAUUCCUAACGCGAAAUGUUGCAAGGUAGCCAGAUCAUUUGGAGGGACUAACUGAACGAGGACAUUCUUGCGGAAGUUCUGCCCUGCGGAAGAGCUAGAGGUAUCCGAUAUCCGAGAACUAGCAGGAGCAGAAAAUCAGCAGCCACAGCCGGAGGAACCUUCCCUAGUUCCGCGAGAACGGAUCUGGGGAUUCCCCCGCCGGCUUAGAUGGCCAUGCACUCUUACAUGCGCCAAGGAUCAGGCACUGAGGGGGGAGGACCCGCGGGUGCUACCCCACCGGACGAGAUGAACGGAUUCCUCAAGGAUAAGCAGGCAUGGGAGCACGCCAUAUCCAUGUACCAGGGUCCAGACCCACUGGACCACUGGUACAAUUACAUAUGCUGGUACGAGAACCAUGAGCACAGCGAUCCCCAGGUGAAGUAUCGCGAAACUCUGGAGCGAUGUCUCACGGAGUAUGAGCACAACGAGUACUACCGCCAGGAUAUACGUCUGGUGCGUCUCUGGCUUAAGUACAUAGCCAUGCAGACGGAUCCGUUGCACUUCUACCAGGUUCUGUAUCAACGCGGAACUGGACGCACAGUGGCUGCCUUCUAUAUUGGCUGGGCUACCUAUUACGAGUCCCGCGAGGAGUUUAAGGACGCAGAGGCUGUCUACAAUCUGGCCUUCCAGGAGAAGGCGGAGACCACCGCUGAGCUGCAGCAUGCCCACAGCAAGUUUACAUAUGCAAGAUCCCUUUACUAUCAACGCCAACAGCAGCAGCAGCAACUACAGCAGCAGCAAGCACAACAGCCUGAUCCUCUGCAGCAGCUAGCUAACUACACACAGCAUCAGAUGCCUCAGGGUUAUGCCCAACCUCGCUCCCAGCCAUAUCAGCAGCAUAUCUACCAGCAAUAUCAUCCCCAGCAGCAGCAGCACCCAGUACCCCAGCAGCAACAUCCAUCGCCACAGCAAGUGCAUCCAGCGGCACCUCAACAGCAUCCCACGGCACCACAAUCGCAUCCUGCGGCACCACAGUUGCAGUCAGCGGCACCCCAACCGCAUCCAGCGGUACCACAGCAGCAUGCAGCGCCACAACAUCAGCAUCCAGCUGUCCAGCCUCAACAUCCAGCUGUCCAGCCUCAACAUCCAGCUGUCCAGCCUCAACAUCCAGCUCCGCAGCUCCAGCAUCAGCCUCAAGAACAACAGUUGGCCUACCAGGCGCAUUACCAGCAACAAGCACGCUUUGAACAGCAUCCCCAGCCAGCGCCAGCCCCGGCACAUGUGCAGCAACAACAGCCAGCUCAUCCGCAAUAUGCGCCCGUGGCGGAGCCCCACUACGCACCAAACCAACAGCAACAACAGCAACACCAACCGUACCAGCCACCAUCUCAACAGAAUUCGCCGCAAGCCCAGACGCAUCAGCAUUCACAGCCACAGCAUGAAGUCGUCAGAAAUGGAAACGGUAAUCUGAACCCAGAGCCCCCUGAACAAACUCCGCCCAAGACUAGCGACAUAGCUGGGUUGCGUUUGCCGCGCAAUUUUUACGCCUACGGUCGCAACAACCAUGAAACCUGGAAGCCGGCUCUGACGCUUGAGGAGCCGGACGACCCAACGCGAGUGUGUCGCUACGCGAAGAAUCUGGUGUAUCCUCCAGGAGCUGGAAUAGAGUACAGUCCCGAGGAAAUACUGGCGCGCAAAUACAAACAGGUGAUGGAGCAGAAGGCCGAGAUGGCGGAACAGCGGCAACAGGAAGCACAGCAAACCCUGUACGAUUCCUACGAAUCCGAGCCGUCGUACUACAUGACUGCUGUUGAUGGGGCUCUGUACGGACACAAGAACAAUAGCGGUCAGGAAAAUGCUGGCGAGGAGGACGAGGAAAACGAAGGCGAGGAUGAGGCUAAUGAGGAAGGGGAGGAGGACGAGGAGUCCGAAGAGGAGGACGAAGAAGAGGAGGAGGAGGAAGAAGAAGAGCCUAGCGAACCUUACACCAAUGGGGUGCAGUUUAGCGCCCAAACGACCUUCGAGCAGGAGAACCGCUCCAUAAAGAUCAAGUUCAAGAAGGAGCCCAGCAACAGCUACAGUGCCUAUACCAUAGAAAACGUCUACCAGCAACAGCAGCAUCAGCAGCAGCAGGAACAGACGAAGGAGCACCCACAUCUGAAUCAGCAGAUAAACCACAGUCAACCUCCGCCGGAGCCGGCGCCCAUUUCACCCAUUCCCGUCCAGAGGCAUCGCAACGGUAGUCACCAUCACUUCCACCCGUAUAUGCUGGGUGGCCAGACUUCCACGCCCAAGAGUGAGGCCAAUGGCUAUCGCAGGGCCCGCACCAAAGUCAAGCACAGCUCCUUCCAUCCGGACCUGUGCAGCAACAGUAAUUCCGCUUCCUCGGCCACUGAUGUGGUCACUGCCAGCGCUACAAACACGUCUGCAGCUGCUCCCGGAGCCAGCUUCAACGACAACGCCAACUUUUCGUUCUCCAGUGCCAGUGCUCUGGACAAUUCCAACAGCUCCCUGGCCUUGGCUGUCGAUCGACUUAACUUCCGCGAUUCCUCACAAAAUCCCAUCAACAAAACCCUCCAAACGCACAACAACAACAAUAGCACCAGCAACAACAACAACGGGAACAGUACCCUAGCGGAUUUCUCCACAUUCCAGGAGAACUCGUACUUUGCCACCCAACACGAUACGGAGGCUCAGGAGAGGCGACUAUCGAAAGCCCUAGAAACCAUUUCCCGUCACCUGGCCAAGGAGGCCAUCGAUCCGUUCAACAGUGAACUCUGUCGCGCCUUCCUGACCAAGGUGGACUUCCCAGGCGACCAGGACGACCACGCUAGCUAUAAAAUUGUGCAAACGGCCCUACCAAAAAUUUCCAAUAACCGUCCACUGAACGUUCUCGAGGGCGUAACCUUCAGCAUCGACAAGGAGGUGGGUCGUGGUUCAUAUGGAUCGGUUUACAAGGCCACUGAUUCGCGGACUGGCAAUGUGGUGGCCCUCAAGUACCAGAAGCCCCCAAAUACCUGGGAGAUAUACAUUUGUGAUCAGGUGCUGAAACGCAUCAAGGAGCCCGACGUCCUACCCGGACUAAUGGACAUUUCCACAGCGAUCAUCGCUCCAAAUGCCAGCUUGAUAGCCACCGAGUUCUCUCGGUUCGGGUCUCUGCUGGACAUCAACAACAAGAUCCGUCAGGCCACAACCAAAGUGAUGCACGAGUCGCUGGUGAUGCACUUUUCGGCGCAAAUCUGCAACAUCGUGGACCACCUGCAUCGCCAGAAGAUCAUCCAUGCCGACAUCAAGCCGGACAACUUCCUCCUGAUGAAAGUCCCCGAUGUGAACAGUCCCCUGCCGUCGCUCCGGUUGAUCGACUUUGGAUGCGCCAUCGACAUGUCGCUGUUUCCCGAUGCCGAGCGCACCAAGUUCCGUAAAGUGAUACAAACCGAUGGCUUCACCUGCAUCGAGAUGCAGGAGGGUCGCAGCUGGUCCUACGAAACGGAUCUGUUUUGCAUUGCGGCCACGGUGCACGUGAUGCUAUUCGGCGACUACAUGCAGCCGCUGAAGCGCGGCUCCUCCUGGGAGAUACGGCAAAAGCUACCGCGCUACCUCAAGAAGCACGUAUGGAAUAAGUUCUUCGGCGACCUGCUCAACAUGCAGCCCGACAAGCUGCCCCAGCUGCAGGACAUGCGUAGUGUCUUCGAGGAGGAGGCUUACCGCAUGGACUCCGAACUGCAGAAGCAGAUACGCACGCUCUCCAACAUCCUGCAUCGACGAUAACCAAUCUAUACGCCUAUUUCUUCCUUAUCCUAUUUGUACCAUCUAGUUUCUACCGAAGCUAGUGCGCUCCUGACCAAGUCACCAUUUAGUUUGUUUAAACGUCCCCCUCCCCCCUGUGGGCUGUUAUUUGUACAAAAUAUCCAUGAAAAACAAAGCCGGGGCGAAUGUCCUUUUUGCCUCUUGGCCCUUAUACUAUUUAUCCCUAAGUUAGGCGCUACAAAAUUUGCCUAUUUUAAAUAUUUAAACCCUCUUAUUGUAUUUAUUGUUUCAAUGCCAAAAAGAAAAGGAAAUCGAGAACCUGGAAAGCUGAGGAAUUUUAACUUCUUUGUAAAUACUAGGCACAGACUCCACGAAGGAUGUUUCUGAAAAUGAGUUUGUAUAAAAAAAAAAAGGAAAACCAAACUUGCAUCUAAAGUGUAAUUUUUUAUGUACAGAAAACAAAAGCAAAAACACAAAAUUAAAGGCAAUGUGUAAAAAAUUAAAGAAACGUAUCGUACGUAUAAUUUAAGAUUGAAACAUUCGAUCUUCUGUACUAUUGAAUAAUAUAUAUAUAUAAUUCUUAAAAUGAUAGUAAAUAAAUUGACGAAAUGUUAACACAA